CCAGUGUUGAGAACGGCCGCAGACAUCCUUGCGCAUGCGUGGUGGUCCUCCAUAGUUGUCGCGUGAACCCGGAAGUACACAUUUGAAGGGGUAAACACGUGGAUUGUUGAGCACCGAAGUCGCAGAAAUAACAAUCAUGGGCAAAUCCAAGCAGGUGGGCAACCACAAAAAUGGCAAAAAGAAGAACAUUGCAAAGACAUGGAAGACCAAGCGAAGAACAAAGGACCUGGAUCAGAUCCACACGGACAUGAUCCCUGCCAAUGCUGCCAAGCUACUGAAGCAGGAGGUGGACUAUGACGUCACAGGUUUCGCUCAGCACUACUGCCUUCACUGCGCGCGCUACUUUGUUGACCUGAAGGCCCUGAAGGAGCAUUUCAAGACCAAAGUGCAUAAAAGACGGCUGAAGGAGCUGAGAGAGGAGCCGUACACCCAGGCCGAGGCGGAGCGAGCGGCAGGGAUGGGCUCGUACGUCCCCCCUAAAAAGGUUGAGGUGCAGACGCAGCAGGUGGAGGAGGUCAUGGAAUGAACGCCGUACAUCGUCUCAACACUACUGUAGCGUCAAGAUCACUUUCAACUACAGCAGUAGUUACACAACCCCCAUCCCCACACCAACCCAAUGUGUCCGAGUUUCCUAGGAUGCCUUUUCCAAGCCUCGGAAAGUUUCCACACAAACGUGGAUUCGGGAUCCAGAUAUUUAACCUCUAGACUUGAAAGCUAAGUGUUAAAGCACUACAUGGUGUUUGAUCAGGUGUAUUAUAGUGAUGAAAAGCUUGAGCUGUGUAGUGCGAUGAUGAUGAUGAUGAUGAUGAUGAAGCUCCUGAUUGACAAGUUACCUGUCAAUCAAAUCCCACAGGAACACACUGGCGUGUGUCGGCUAGGAUUUGAGUGGACUGUGACCACAAACGGCUCCGUGUGUAAAUUCGUAUGUAAAUAAAUUGUGAUGUUACACAAUUA